CGCUCUGGGCUGGCGGGCGCGGAUGGCGGCGGCGCAGGGCGCCUGAGCCGGCCGGGGCCAUGAGCGCCGCCAGGCCCCAGUUCAGCAUCGAUGACGCCUUCGAGCUGUCCUUGGAGGACGCGGGCCCGGGGCCCGAAUUCAGCGGGGUCGCCCGCUUCGGGCCGCUGCACUUCGAGCGCCGGGCCCGGUUCGAGGUGGCCGACGAGGACAAGCAGUCCCGGCUGCGCUACCAGAACCUGGAGAACGAUGAGGACGCAGCCCAAGCCUCUCCGGAGCCGGAUGGGGGAGUCAGCAUCAGGGACUCCAGCCGAACGUCCAUCCGCAGCUCCCAGUGGUCAUUCAGCACCAUAAGCAAUAGCACCCAGCGCUCCUACCACGCCUGCUGCAGCUGGACUCAACACCCUCUGAUCCAGAAGAACCGCCGGGUGGUGCUGGCCUCCUUCCUACUCUUGCUGCUGGGGCUGGGUCCUGCCAGGUGCCCUGCUCUAAAAACACAGAGCUUGGUGAGCUUCCCAGGAGGGGCCCUCUGGUUAGGGAACCUUCAGUUCAGUGCUGAUCCUGAUCGCCGUGGGACUGGAGGUGGCCCCCUCGCCAGGUGUCUCCAGCGCCAUCUUCUUCGUGCCCGGCUUCCUGCUGUUGGUCCCGGGAGUCUACCACGUGAUCUUCAUCUACUGCGCAGUCAAGGGCCACCGCGGCUUCCAGUUCUUCUACCUGCCCUAUUUCGAGAAGUGAGCCGCGGGCGCUCCCCCGGAUCCAGCCUCGUCCGCGGGCGGCCCCGGGGGCGCUCCUCGGGCGCGCCCCGCUCUGGUUUCCUCAUCUCCAGGGAAGAGCUCCAGGACCCCCGAGCCCCCAGCCCCGCUCGAUGUUUGCUCAGGAAGUUUGCCCACUACCCAGGCCUGGGAAAGUCGUCCCAUGCCUGCUCGGUGCCUUAACUUAUUCUCGGGCCCUGGGGCUGCUGCAUUGGUGUUUUGUGCUAAUAAAAGAAUGUAUUUCACUCCGGAA